AAAGAAGACGGUUUUCCAUUACGGGCAACUCCGUGCAAACUGUAUACGUACAUCGCAAAUGCAUUACGAAUCAUGUAUUCUUCAACGUUUGUUUUAUUAAUUGGGGCGAUUAUAUUUGGACUUAAUGUAGAUGGUGCGGCCAAUGAAGGAGACAGUUUCAAUUCUAAAAUUCGGUUCUACCAAGGACCAACAGUGGAUGACUUCGUCACAUACGAUUUAACGGCAGCGGAAAAUGUUGUUGAUGAUCCGAAUUUCAAAUUUGUACGCAGAAAUGUGAUUUUCAUCCAUGGUUGGCAACAAUCGCCUGACUCACCAGCUAGUCAAACUCUAUUUAAUGCUUACCUUGUCAACGGCUCUUUCAACAUUUUGGCAUUGGAUUGGAGCGAAACAGCGUCGAACAUUUUCUUAGAUCAGGUCGCACAUAAAAUUGAAACUCUGGGCAUAGCAGUUGCAUUAUUCAUUGAACGAUGGAAUUUGCAAAAAGGAAUUUCGUUCUCCACAAUGCAUCUUGUGGGUCACUCGCUAGGUGCUCAUUUGGCUGGAUCUACCGGAAAGAAUAUACAAGAGUGGUCGAACCAAACGAAGUACAUAGAUAGAAUAACUGGGCUCGACCCUGCCUUUAUAGCAGAUGAUUUCUUGCAGUGGCGUUAUGCUAGAUUUGUUGAUAUUAUUCAUACUGACCCUAACUUAGCCGGGACAAAAAAAAACACUGGACACGUCGAUUUCUGGCCAAAUGACGGUGAUGAUAUUCAGCCGGGAUGUCCUUCGAGACUAUUUCAACUUCUAUGCAGUCAUUGGAGAGCAAUUCUACUUUAUGCUGAAAGUGUGACGAGAGCAUAUCGGGCUGGUAAUUUCCUAUCAACAAAUAAGGACAAUGCAAGCGAUGUUAUUGAAAUGGGCUUGAAUUGUCCCAGAAAUGCUCGGGGUGUGUAUUCACUGUCAACCAACGGCGAAAGCUUGUAUUCGCAAUCAUAAUUGGAGGAUAGACGCGAAAUCAUAUUCAUCUUUAUUGAAUGUAUUCUAAAGUUAGACGCACCAUAUAGUCAAGUGCGAGUUGUCCGAAAAAGCCGUUUCGCUCAUAUUGAAUGUAAAAAGCGAUUUUAUGGUUGAUUAUCGUAGAUGGAUCGACCAGUAACUCAAAUCGCGAUGUUGCCAAGCUUGGAUCGGCCUGGUUUGGUCUAGGGGGCCGACGUUGCCUAACACUUCUUUUAGUUCUAUAAAAUUUUGAUUUUUGAAAAUUUAUUUAAAAAUAUAAAAUGAAACAUGGUUCCAUGGGCGAAAU